AUGGAAACAUCGCGGGCGGGCGUCGCCGAUCCUGGAAACGCCUUCGACAUGGUCGGCAAGCCUUUGAAGGACAUGGUGCUGAUACAGCAAUACGACGCGGUCACUAAGGAGCGCGGGGGCGGUUGUGAUUAUGGCGGAACAAGUGCUGAAAGGUGUAUGUAUAACGCACAUGACAUCAACAAUUGCAAAUUCCGAUUGGAAGACACCCCAAAGCCGUCGAGAUGGGUUCGACGGGGCUUCUCCUCCCGACACCCAGUCUUCCGGCAUCUCGACACGUUCGACGAGCUUCGGACCAGUGCUCAGACGUGUCGCCUAUGCCGCCUCUUCCUCGACGAUUUCGGCUCCGGUGCCGAUGCAGCAAAUCCCGACUUCCUGUCGCAUCUCGCCCUGUACGAAACCUUCCUGCACUCGCCUUGCGCGUUUGUUGCCACCUGGAAGUCCUCUAAAUCCGCCUUCUGGUACAAGGGACAGUGGGAGCCGCAUGAAUUCCGCAUCGUGCAGAACCGUCCCUACGACUCGAGCUCCGCGGGCCGUCUGCAGGAGUAUGAGGUCGGGGGGAGGAGGCUCACAUUCGACCGCGCCGUUCCGGAAAGUGCCCGGAGCCGAGAUCCGUUUGAUACGGCCCGCCAUUGGCUCAAGGAUUGUACUGGAAGCCAUUCGUCUUGUGCUCGUCUGCCUAGCAAGCUGCCGACGAGGGUCGUUGAAAUUGGUGUUUCAUCUCAUAACGUUCCUAGGAUCCACGUCUCAAACGGCGAAACAACGCCCUACGAGUAUACGUUGAUAGGGCUGCCGGUGGACAGGCUUCCCCAAAACUUCUUGGACGCUAUCUCUGUCACUAGAGAGUUGGGCCUUCGUUACGUUUGGAUUGACGCGAUAUGUAUCAUCCAAGACUCCCCCGAGGACUGGUUCGCGGAAGCUGCCAAGAUGGCUUCUUACUACAGCGGAGCCGUCGUCACCAUUUCCGUGCUGGACGCCGUCAAGAGUACCGAGGGCUUCCUUGACUCCCCGCGUCGGACCCACGUCGAAUUAGGCUCCGAAUUCUCCGUAUGCAAAGAUCCUCUCAAAGUCGUGGAUGUAAUGCAGCGAUCCGCCCUGGACUCCCGAGGCUGGUGCCUGCAGGAAAGACUAUUAUCUCCCGCCCUUCUGCACUUUGGCCGCGAGCAGAUGGUAUGGGAGCCGGACGGAGCAUUCGGCUUGUCUAAACAAGACUUUGUGUCCUCGCGGAAGAAGUUCAGUGGUCCGAGUCGUUCGGCCGCGGACUUCCAUGAUUGGUAUGCCGUGGUUGAGGACUUCAGCAGCCGUGACCUCACAGUCAAAACGGACAAGUUUCCUGCUAUUGCCGGAGUGGCCUACCAAUUCCGAUCCCUCGACCCCAGAGGUGCCUAUGUCGCCGGGCUUUGGGAGGAGGAUUUGGUCGUCGGGCUAUUCUGGGGUGCUCGGCCGAUUCGGCACAUUGGGUCCCAACAGAGCCCGUUGGCAUCAUCUUUUUCGGUGUUGAAGAAGACAGCGGAGCCCCAGGCUCCAAGCUGGAGCUGGGCGAAUGUCGACGGGCCGAUUGAGUUCAGAUUCAAGGCCCGUGAAGGAAUUGAUUGCGGAGCGUACGAGGUUCUGGCAGUUAACAUGCACAACGGUUAUGACGAUCCCAUGGAGGCCAAGGCCCGAGGAGGGCUGAGGAUCCGAGCCUUCCUCGCUCGUGUGCAGUACAACCCAUCUAGUGUCGAGAUCGACAUUGGUCCCCAGGCGACACGCAUGCGCGAUACCCGAUUUGCCCUAGACUUUGAGCGAGAUCACGCUCACGGGUACUGGAUGUUGUCAACCAGCGUCCUGGGAGCGGACGGCAAAGUGCCGGGAGUACUUUUGCUCGAGGAGGUUCCCGGUCACAAGGCGCAUUUCCGCCGUGUUGGGCAUGGAAUUGCCUACCGGCCCAUCAAGGAGGACGAAGCCGCGCACUUUGACUUGGUUGAUUUGGUGCUGAUUUGA